AUGUUUGGAGAUGCGGAUGCGCAAUCUGCUGCCCCAGAGCGGACUGCUUCGCGCCGCCUUCAACAGGACGAGAUGUGGUCUCGUGCCCCUCAAGUGGAUGCUGCCAAAAAUGUGAAACUCUUGGGCACGAAUCGAAGUCCUAGAGGCUUCCUUGUAGCCAAAACCCCUUCCAUCUGUCCCAAUCGAAGCUUGCGUCGCGCUGGCAAUCGUGGGAAUGGGUUUGUCCUGGGAGAGCAGGGGGGUCAAUCCCGAACGGAUGACCUGGUGACCGAUGCAAUAGCUAUGGAUGCUAGGGUGAUCCCCCAAAAAGGCUAA